CCGGGCCUUCCGUUUAUGAUUUAUCCAAUUCCUUUGGCAGUAACAAUCAUGUAAACUGAACAGCGAAAUGCCGAAAUCCAAUACCAAAGCAAAUCUUUCUUUCUGCCUCACCGGCUAAUUCUCAGCGAUGCUGUUCUUCCUCUGAUUACGAGCACCAUUGCCAAAUUACGUUCGUCGAUUCGUCGAAUUGAAAUUUCUCACGGCUUUUGUUCCACACAGAUCUUUCUCCAACUGCCUCGAUUAAACCCCCCUUUCCAUUAAAACCCUUAACCCUAACCCUAUAAUUCUAUCCCCCUUUCCGUCAAUGGCGACUGACAGCGAUGUCUCCCGCCGGAAGCACCGUCGAUCGCCCUCCGAUGACGAGUUGGAGAAGUCCUCCAAGAGACACAAGCACCGUCACCGCCACCACCACCGUGAUCGUAGCAAGAAGCACGACGAGGAAGCCAAAUUGAGCGGCGGGGAUGACGCUCCUCCUCCUGCUCCUUCUCCCUCGAUCCCUACUGCCCCAGAUUGCAAUUUGGCCGAUGAUGACGUGGAGGAAGGGGAGAUUCUCGACGAGGAAGCGUCUGCUGCUGGCGUUGUUAAGGGCGUGGAAUCAGGCAAGGACAUUGAUGAUUCUGAGAAUCUGGGACAUAAUCUUGAUGACAAGGAUGAGGGGUUCAUAGCCAAUUCUCGAGUUGGUAAGAAACAUGAGAAGUGUGCUGGUUUGAGUAGAAAUACUAAGCCUGGUGAUCAAGAUAAGUGUGCUUCUGAGGUUGGUGCAGAAUUCAAGGUUAAUGGAAGUUCAAGCUAUUCUUAUCAUGAUGAUGAGAAGAUUUUCAAAACAGCGUCCCAGCCUCCGUCCCAGCCAGGUCUCAAGCAAAUGAUUAACCAUGAUACUAAUGAUGGCGGGGAGGGCCGGUCAAACAAUGUUAAAAGUAAUUUUCCAGAUAGCAGGGGGGAGGAGUACAGAGAGGAUGCUCGGUUGGAAUCUAGGGACAAAUAUCAUGAUGAGAUUCAUGCUAAGAGGGGAUCCAUGCCACGCGAUCAACGUAGAGAAAGAUCUCAUUCCAACAGUGGGGUAGAAGAUGAAGACCGCUGGAAAAGAAGGCGGCAUCAUGACAAAAUGGAAAGGGAUUCUGAUGAUGAAAGAACAAGCAGAGGUAGUAGAGAUGUACUUUCUAGUAGAGAAUAUGUUCGGGAUAGGGACAGAGAAUCUAGUGUUAGUCACACUAGAUACCCAGGGCGGAAUGACAGACAUCGUGGCCAUGAUGCAUAUGACAUAGACAGGAGUAGAGAGAGAGAUACACACAGAGAAAGGAGAAGGGAGAAGGACAGAGAAAAAAGCAGGGAUAGAGAGAUUUAUGUGGAUCGAAGGAAGAUGCAGGAACGAGAGAGGAGCCAGGAGAGGGAGUCUGAUAGAGAUAGGCAAAGGGAGAAGGGUAGAGAAAGAAGCAGGGACCGAGAGAUGUACAUGGAUCGAAGGAGGAUGCAGGAAAGAGAGAGGGAUGAUGUCAGAGACAGGAGGUCGGAGAAAAGGCAUGGAAGUAGGGAUUUGGAUAUGGAACGAGAUCAAAGGAGGGACAUAGAAUUGGAUUUAGGGAAUAGAAGAGGGAGGGAGCACGAGAAAGCUAGGGAUAGAGAGAAGGAGCAUGAUCAGAAGAAGCAGAGGGCAAGGGAGAGAUGUUCAGAAAAACAUAUGGAGCAAGACAGAGGGAAUGAUAAGGAUGGGGAUAAGUACAGUGACAAAGGGCGAACUAGGGAAUAUGAUAGGGGUCGAGAAAGGGAGCAGGGGUGGCAGAAUGGUGCAAAUAGAGGAAAGGAUAGGGGUGGGAAGAGUGAUUCUACUUGUUUCCAGAGUGCUAACAGUGAUGCUUUUGAACAUGGCAGUGAGAAAUCAACGAGGGAUGAAGAUGAACAUGAUGAUUUUGAAGAGAGGAUGACAUUAAUACUUGCUGAGCAAGAGGAGGAUGAUUUGAUUAAAAUUAAGGAGGAGAGUAGAAAACGGAGGGAGGCCAUCCUUGAGAAGUAUCGAAAUCAGCAGUUGCAUCAGCAGGCUGAGGCAAAUUUGCCGGAUGCAAAGAAAGCAUGGGAGUCCGGGGAGCAGCCUGGUGAAUCUUUACCAUCCAGUGGCAUAGCUAUGGAGACUGUGAAUGAUAAGAGAGAUGGAGAUGUGAAUGUUGCAGAGCCAGCAGCAUCUGUUGUUAAGUCACCACUUCAAAACGGGGUCCUGGUUUCUGAUGGUACUUCCUCUCCUCGUGGGCUUGGUGAGGGUACUCCAAAGAGUGAGAGAUCAGAGGAAAGGUACUGCGAUGAUAUAUUUGGAGAAACCCCUACUGCUGUUCGCAAAGCAGGCAAGGUGAACGGUUUGCCUGUGAUGCGGAGUGCUCUACAUGACAAUUGGGAUGAUGCCGAGGGCUAUUAUAGCCAUCGUUUUGGUGAGGUUCUUGAUGGACGCUAUGAAAUUAUUGCUGCUCAUGGAAAAGGAGUAUUUUCUACUGUGGUCCGCGCAAAGGAUCUGAAGGCCGGAAGUGAUGAACAGGAAGAGGUGGCCAUAAAAAUUAUACGAAACAAUGAAACAAUGAACAAGGCUGGUCAGGUUGAAGUUUCAAUUUUAAACAAAUUAGCUGGUGCAGAUUUGGAGAAUAGGCGCCACUGUGUUAGGUUCCUUUCGCAUUUCAAGUACAGAAAUCAUACUUGUUUGGUUUUUGAGUCUCUUCAUAUGAAUCUUCGCGAGGUCCUAAAAAAGUUUGGUCGCAAUAUUGGGCUUAAACUAACAGCUGUAAGGGCGUACGCGAAACAGCUUUUCAUUGCGUUGAAGCAUCUAAGAAACUGUGGUGUUCUUCAUUGUGAUAUAAAGCCGGACAAUAUGCUGGUGAAUGAGGCAAAAAAUGUGCUGAAGCUUUGUGACUUUGGCAAUGCCAUGUUUUCCGGAAAAAAUGAAAUUACCCCAUACCUUGUCAGCCGUUUUUAUCGUGCUCCUGAAAUCAUUCUCGGUUUGUCAUAUGAUCACCCUAUGGAUAUUUGGUCCGUUGGUUGCUGUCUAUAUGAGCUUUAUACUGGAAAAGUUCUUUUUCCUGGUCAAACUAAUAACGAUAUGUUGCGACUGCACAUGGAACUGAAGGGCCCUUUUCCCAAGAAGAUGCUUAAGAAGGGUGCAUUUGUUGAUCAACAUUUUGACCUGGACUUGAAUUUUCAUACUACAGAACAAGAUCCUGUGAGUAACAAGAUAAUGAAGAGGAUGAUUGUGAAUGUAAAGCCUAAGGAUAUAGGGUCAAUUGUUAAAGGCUCUCCUGUGCUAAUGAUUUGGCAUUAUCUGUCUUUAUCUUCUAUGAGGGUAUCUAUGAGCUCUGGACGAUAUCUGGCUUCGCAAGUGGUGAUGUUUGGUCAGAAGUACACUUUGCUGGCGGUUCUUUCAAGGGAAUGUACUGUUUCUAUUGACAUCUUCCUCUGCUUUGUGGCAAACUCCAGGGAUUAGAUGCAUAGAGGAACCCAGGAGAAGGUAUCUUAGAUUAUCUGCUAUUGUAGUCUCAACAACGUUGAGAUCCUUUAAAUAUACUUGGCAUUAGUAUGUGUUAUUUUAUCCUUGUACUCGUCGGCUGCUGCUUGUGUCUGAAUUUUUGCUGUUCUUUGUACGAUGUUUAGUGGAUUUACUUUUUAUUUUGGGGUUUCAUUCCUCUGUGUAGUGCUAGAUUUCCUCAGUUUGCUUUUUUUGAAUGCAAGAUUUUUGUGUGAUUGUUGUUGCUCUUGUUGGUACCUUAUUCUUUGACUUUGGAUACCUGGGCUAGGAUCUAUGUUUUCUGUCAAGUGAAAGCAAUCAGUAAAAAAUUUAGGUACUCGUUGUGUUGAUCUGCUUUAGUUGUUUAUCUGCUAUUGUUCUUGUUAUGAUGGACUUGCAUACUUCUGAUUCAUUGUCUUUUGGUAAUUUGGAGGCACAUGCUCGUAGAUGGUCUGCUGCAGCCUGUGGAAAAUCACAGGUGCUAUCUUUAUCAUCAUGAUUCUCUUGUAAGAAUCUUAAUUCUUGUUCUUUGUUUGGUGAGUUGAUUGUUUAUGCUGCAUAUUUGAUUAUUACUUUGAUCCUGAUCUGCAUUGCUAGUCAUGGUGCAUGAGUAACCCGUUAGGAGCCAGGUCUUGAUUCUCGAUUUGCCAAGUACUCCAGUUUAACUUGGCCUUUUUCUCUGGAGGACUUGUUAUAUGUUACAGCUUUUGCUUCAGCCUUGUGCGAUUGGAUGCAUGCAUGCUUUUAUGGGUCUAUAUAAUUCCUAACAAGUUACACGCAUGACGCAACAAUGGUUGAAGGUUGGUGACCCUCGUGUGGAGUGAUUAACAGCACAGCCGAAUUGCUAGUUACUUCAAUGCCUCUUGGUUAUGAUUUUAAGUUGUAUAUUUUUUAUAUUUAGACCUAGCUGGUUAAAAUAUCAAAAUAAGUGAUUAGUAUUUGGUAUUUUGAAGGAAGUUAAGUUUAAGCUAAGCAGUGACAGGUGAUUAGUUCUUACCUUAAAGCCCUAUUUUGCCAUUGUGUAAUAUUCAAAGUAGCUUACCCGUUAUUUUAAGCUUAUAUUUGAUCAAGUUUUAGGGGCUUGAAUAAUUAUGCUUUCGAGUCAGAGGUUCAGCAGUGUCUAUUUGUUGAUUGGCUCUGCGAUUGUUAGAUGAGUCAAGAACAUGUUCAAAAUUGUAUUUGGCCUAUUUAAGUUUCACUUCUUGUCUUCCAUAAUUUAUUCUGUAGUGGCUUCAAACUGUAGUCCUUAAAUGAGCUCAAGGGGAUUGGAUGUUUUGUCUUGGAGGUGGUUGAUGACCAGUGUUUGUAAGGUAUGGAAGAAACCGGAUCAGCAGGUUUUAUUCUGUAAUCUGUAGGGGCUUCAAACUUUAGUCCACUUUGUUUUAUUGUCAGAUUGGAAAAAAGGUAAUAACUUAUCUCACUUUAAGAACAGGAUGUCUGUAGUCUUGCUUUCUUGCGAGCGGUUUCCACUGAAUCAUGAGAAAGGCUGGACUUCUGAUAGUGUUAAGACUGCCAAAUGUAGGAAACAAGAGGUGUGUACUAGGGCAAAGAGGGGUGACUGUUACAACUCAUUAGUGCGACAGGUUGUGUUUCAUCCUCUGGUUCCACACCAUUUGGGGAGAUUAAACAUCAGAUUCAUGGGAAACAGCACAUAGGGUUUGUUAUCAGAUUAGUGUUAGAGAUGACUGUUUGCUCAACCCAUUCAUGCUCACCACAGUUUUUGCAAUGGACCCUUGAUUUAAGGUAAUAGGUUGGAUUGACUGCUAUAUCAGAUCUAUGUUUUAAGCUCAGAUAUGCUUCUGUCUGCUCAAUAUAUUUAUGCGAGAGUGUCGUUGCUUCAGUCUUCUGCGAGACUGUUGAAGGAAAAGGUUGAUGUAUGGACAUGAUGGUACAUUGGUUCGGGGUGCAUUUAAAUAUUCCCCCUUUGUUUUGAUCUUGACUUCGUGUAAUUGUGUAUCUUUGUUUUAGAAUAUCAAUAAAAGCUGAUAUUUUUAGCA